CGAUUUCUGAUUCUGAUAUACCGCAUUUUUGGCUUUUAUAAUUAUAACGAAGACAAUCGGAAUAUAAACAUAAAAUAAUAAAACUCGUACGCAAGUUUCGAACUUUCGUCGUCACUUGCUCUAAAAGUUCCGGCGAGAGAAACUGAAUAGCAGUUGACAGCCCAAGUUUAUAUCAGACCGAAAUUAUAGCAGCGUUUGUGCUAAAAUAUGGUCGGAAUUUUCUCAAGAUUUUCGGUUAGGAGUGGCCAUCGCCGAGCUCAAAGUGCACUUGACGAGAGGGAAGCAUUGCCUCCAAGGUCAGAAGUGACCACGAAUUCGACUUUAGCUUCGUCAGCGUCUACUGCAGCCCAUGGUAUUGAUAUUGCAGUUGAGUUUAAACCAGUCGAGCGGCCGAUCGAGCCACUUGACAAUGAUCAACCGAUCCAAUGUCCGCUGCCUGAGCCGUCAAUCCUUAAUGAUGGAAGAAUAUGGAAAGAGAGAGUUUCAUCAGGUGUGCAAAGAAGGGCUGAUAUGCCAGCUGUGCAGGAUCAAACUCCUGUCAGAUCUGGGUCUCUCUCGAGAAAACCCCGCCCUUCAAACCGGGUUAUCCUGCCAUCUGUGAGUGCCCCGGAGCAUAAUAUCUUAAAACUGCUUGACGAGUGCAAUACAUCAGGAAUAUAAGUUACAACAAUUAAACCUGGUUUUAUUUUUAUUUUUUUUCUUAUUUAUUAUAAUGAAUCACUCUGUAUAAGGAUGCCAUUGUUCUGUUUAUAUGGCGUACAACCCUUUUAUCUUAUCCUACAUUGUAUCUGUAUUUAUGAAUGUUUAAAAUUCAGGAUGGUGCUUUUCUUGACAUUCACUAGUUAUAUUGUUAAAGUGGAAACCGUACUUAUGCUUUGCUUAGAAGCUAAGUGAGAAUAACUUCAAUCCAAAUGUCUUCGAUUAUUCCGGUAGGAUUAAGUGGCAAGUUGAAAUCAGUUAAUAGGAGCAUUAUACCGCUGGCUGACGUCUAUUUCAUGCCUUUCUGGAUUCUGAACGGCAAGGUUUGUGAUUGGCUGUUUUUAGUUUUUUAUUUUGUUUCAAUUUACCUGCUUGUGAAUAUG